CGCAGGGACUCGACCUCCAGGAGAAGUCCCACCGCUGACCUUCUCCAGGUAAGAUGGGUCAGGGGACAGAAGGGACGCGGACGCCUCAGCCAUCAUCUAUUCCUUUGCUUCAACUUGGGAAGUUGAGGCCCAGAGAGGCCGGGCGCUGCCCAGGGUCAUGCCCGUGAAACCACGGACAAGAGGCUGGAACAAAUGUCACGUGACCCUGGACAAGUCACCUCCCAUCUCGUGGCCCAGGUUCCUCAUCCAGGAAAUUAGAAUCAGCACGGCCCCCGCCCCAGAGGGAGUGCUGAGGACCGAAGGGGCUCGGAGACAUGGUGCCCAGCUCUCUGCUCACAAGGUCGACAUGGAUACAAGGCCGGGGACCCCGCAGCGUCUGCCCAGGAGGCGUCGGAUCUGCAAGAUGAGUACUUCCCGUGAAUGACACAGGACUCAGAGGGGCCACUACUGGGACGACCCACCAGCUACCAUCCUCGCAGGGGAAGGGGAUGCGGACCCGGCAUGGGACGAGCAAAGAUAACUGACAGCACCCGGGCGCACGUCCCUGUGGAGGGCGAUCGGCGGGCACUGUGGGGGGCCUGGGCCCACGAGGGAGGCGUGGCAGCCCUGCACACCCACGGGGCGUGGGGCUCUGCACCUGGGAGAGGUCUUAGGGGCAGAAACUGGGGCGUGAGCCAAAGAUAGAGCCCAGGUGACGGUUCCAGCUGGGGAGUCAGGCAGGCAUGGCCUCGAACCCAGCCUCGCGCGGUCACACAGAGCAGUCUGCGCCUGGGCCUCCGCACCUGUGAUAAAGGGCUGAUGGCACCCACCUCCCACCAGCCGCCGGGACUCAAGGAGUAAUGUCUGCAGUGGGCCCAGCAGUGCACACACACUGUGGUUCCUGGCCCGUGAUCUGAUUGCUUCUCUUCAAGAACAGCAGAAGGGAAAAAACCCAAGAGGAGGGAAUGGGACCUUAGCUGUCCCCACAUGUGGCAAAGUCUCCUAGCCGCCCCACCCCCCAGAUCUCUCUCCCUCCUUCGCAAGAAAUGAGUUCCCAAUGAACACAGGGCUGCCUGGCUACAGCUCCCACUUCCCAUCCCCUCUUGCAGCGAGAACACUGGGUAAAAAAUAGAAAGCUGGGAAGAAGAUCCCUGCUCUUAAUAGAAAAGUGCUGCCUCCCCCUUUUUCUUCCCUGAUGCACGGAAUGGAGCAUGGAUGUAAUGGCAGAAGCCGAGCAGCCAUCCUGUACCACGAGGAGGCCACAUGCUGGGAACAGGGAUGGCAGAGCGAGGGAUGUGCGAGCCAGAGCUGCGGAGACCGCGGUGCUGCCCAGACUUCUGCACUAGAGAGAGAAAGACUGUGUUUAGCUGCUUUCACAAGCUCUCCUGUUUGAGCAGCCACACCCGUCUCACCACCAGCCAUUGGUCUUCCCCAGCCAGCAAGGACCAGCCAUCUUCUACAACUAACAUACAAAAAUAUUCAGAUCUCCUAACAUCCAUUUGGGCAUUUUCCGGUCUGAAGAGGGGAAGUUCAAAUGCAAUAAGGAGGCAGAGUUGCAAAAAAAAGAAAGUGAAAACAAAGAGACUCCUCUCAUCAAGGCUCUUGAGGGCGAGAACCAGAAUCAUGCCCAAGGUGGUGGCGAUAAAUAAGGGCCCACAAGGAACAGAGGAAAUGCGGGGACCCACGGCAGGCGCAGCCGGGGCACAGGGAGGCUGGCAGGGCCACCUCGGGGGACACGGUCUCCAACCUCCGCUUCCCCAGGCAGCGGCUCCUCUUCUCCCUCACUCCCACUCUCUCCCGCCCUCUGCUCUGGACUGGUCUCUGCUGUCCACCCACGGCCAGGAGGACCAGCAGCCAGCCUCCCCGACCCCAGCAUCGGGCUCUAGCCAGCACCUCCGACCAGCUCCCAGCCCACCUGCCCAGGAGAGGGGUCAGCUCGGCCCUGCUCACUGUGCUGAGCCAGGACACGGGCCAUGGGCCACAGGACACAGGGCACAGAGCAGAGGGGACAGGGCACAGGACACGGGACAGAAGAACACGGGGCACACGACACAGGCCACUGGGCACUGGCCAGCCUGCGGCGCAGUGCGUCCUAAAUCAAGUGCCCGCCCCAGCCCGGGCUGCUCCAGCUCUGUCCAGGGUGAGGCUGAGAGGGGCAGAAACGGAGAACAUCUGACCCCACGCCCUGGCCUGGAAAUCGGGACCCCCAGGUCCAAGCCCACCCCCAGCACCAGCCCGCACUGAGGCAUUAAGCCACCGCUGCCCCAGAGCCUCGGGGCUCUCGUGUGGGUGGAGGGGCAGCUCUCCCGUGCGGACGCAGCCGGCUCUCAGCAGAGAAAGGAGACGAGCAGAGCUCUGGAGACGCCCUCCACCCCCGCACACCAGGCUGGGGCCCAGGCUGGUCCUGGGGGUCAGCCGGGGGCCGCUGCACCACUGCCGGCCCCCCGUGCGGCCCCCCGACAUUCACCCACCGAAGCCGACGCCCCGCCCAACUCUCGCGCACGCUUUCCCCAGAACCUCGCCCGUCGGCACCACGCGGCCUGAGCCUCCAACAGCAGGACAG